AUGUCUACUCCGCAAGCUCUCCACCACUCGCUCUUGAGGCCCUGCAUUCUCCACAUCCUACGAGCAGCUGGCUUCCAUUCUACUCGCCCAUCGGUGCUUGACGCCUUCACUGAUAUCGCCGCGAGAUAUAUGGUUAUGCUUACGCAAUCCGCUGUUGCCCAUGCCGCCGUGAAUCAUUCUGAACCGGAGCUUGCGCUAGAAAUAUCUCUCCAAGAUAUCAGGAUGGCAAUGGAAGAUUGCGGGGUCCUCUAUCCAGAAAAGGUUCUAGAAGAUCAAAUAUAUGAAGGAGAAGAAGAUACGCGAGGCGUGGAUAACUUUCUAGAGUGGGCGAUGGGGCAUGGGAAUCGCGAAAUCCAGAGGAUCGCAUUAGAGGGGGGUGAUGGAGCCAAAGAUGAUUACUUGACAGUCCUCAAGAAAAAGCAUACUAUGGCCGACGAGGAUUCCAGAUACAACGGGACUAUCCUGGGCAAGCCAGCGGAACCACGAACUGUCAAGGUCGAAGGAGGAGAUAUCACCAGUCUCAGCGAGUGGGCGGAGAAACGAAAAACGUCUUGGAACGCCGCAUCGAACAUGUCAUCACGGCGACAAUCCUCAGCGUUAAGCUCAUUAGGAGAUGAAGUUCUCGACGAGAUGGAGUUUUAG